AUGGCGCAACUAUCUCCCGAAGACGAAGACGCCUUAACUUCGUACUUCCCCAACCCGCCGCCCUUCUACAAGCACUUCACACCUAAGAACAUCGAUGCCCUCGCACAGUUCAAAUCCGACCAAAACAUCGAAAACGACACGGCCAUCACAACGGCGCAACUUCUCCAGCUCCCCACUGAGCUCCGCUACCUCGUCCCACCCGCUCCUCCUUCCCCUACCACCGAAUACUCCGUUUUCGGCAAAAAGACCACCAUGAACGCCCUCGACGACUACCCCGAAGUGAUGCAAGCCAUACGCACACGCCUCCAAACACAUCCAAUAACCGGCGACGUCGUGCUCGAUUGGACGUACGAGCAGCUCUACCCCUCCUCGUCUAACUGGUCCAGCCUUGACCGACAAGCCUACCUCUUCCGCUUCCUGAGGUCGAUCAUAUUGUCGUAUAUCGAGCUGCUAGGCACUGUGGCGCAGGAUCCCAUGAGUAACGCGAGGGAUGAGAAACUGAAGGAUGUUCUGACGCUGGCGCUAAAUAUGCAUGCGUUGGUCAAUGAGUAUAGGCCACAUCAGGCGAGGGAGACGCUGAUUAGGGAGAUGGAGAGGCAGGUAGAGCGAAAGAGGGCUGAAGUAGAGGGUGUCGAAAGGAUGGCAGAAAGGGUGAAGGAAGUGCUGGAGGGGUUUAAGAAGGGGAUUGUAGAAGGCAAGGGUGAGAGCGAGAGUGUGGAGGACGUCAGUGACGAAGAGCGGCAGAAGGAGAGACAGAGGGAGAUGUGGGAUGUUAUGGAUGAGGUGCUGGGUCAUUGA